AUGGCAGGCGAUAAACGCAAAGCUGACGUGUUCGGGAAGAAUCAUACGCUCGGCAGAGCCGAUGCAAAGAGAGCAGCCACGUUCUCCAGCGUCGGCGAAUUCGCACAUGACAGCGCACUGUCCACAAAUCCGAUGACCCGUGGGCAGUAUCACAUCGACCACUCUCGGACACAACUACAGACUAUAACACCAGCAAAGUCUCCACAAAAGCAGAAUGUAACCAUCUCCGAUGUCGACAUGGAAAUGGUAGAUUCAGAUGCUGCAUGCAUCGAGACGUUUCGACACUCCUUGAAUGACUUCUACCAAUAUCACAACCAUCUCUUUGGUCCAGCACAUCAAACCGACCUCAAGAACGCCUACCACGAUAUCCUUCUGGAUAGCAGCCCCGCAAGGGUGCUCUCGGCGGGCGAAGCCUUCGUUGCAAAGCUACACGGCUACGUCCAGGAUCUGCAGCAAGCGGCAAUACAGCAGAUUCGGUGGCGUGCCAGUACUGGCUCCCUAGGGGCAUCCAGGGAGGUAUUGGCAGCGACAGACGCAGUGCUCUCGCAGCUAGACGCACAAAUCAUUGGCAUUGGUGCCGAGGCGGAGAGGCUGAUGCAGGAAGUCGGGAUGCUUCGAGAUCAGUACCAAAGUCCAGCGCUGCAUACCGUCACUUCGAUGUUGUGA